AUGACGGCCGCCACCACCAUCACCACCAUCUUCAUCACUCUCUGUCUGAUCUCAGGCCAGGUACUUUGUUUUAAAGUGAUUGGCUGCACUGGAGGGAGUGUAAUGUUCAAGUGCAUGUAUAAGUCUGAUGAGCAACAUAACGCAAAACCCCCGAACCAGAGAGAGCCUAAUGAUCAGCAUAAAGGAAAGUAUUUCUGCGGAAACAGAGACUGUACGACAGGAAUCAGUACUGAGACUCAGCGCCGCUGGGAUUAUAAUGAGAGAUUCGCUCUGUAUGACGAUGAAAACAGCAGAUUCUUCACAGUGUUUAUCAGGCACCUCAGCAGAGAGGAUGAUGGGAAAUACACAUGUGGAAACAAGCAGAAAUGGAGUCAUGAUGUUGAGUUAGUGGUGAACAACACGUCUUCUUCUUGUGGGACGUCUGUUAUCCAGACUGCAUAUAUUGGUCAAACGAUCACUUUCAGUUGUGAAUAUGACCAUAAGUUUAAAAAACACACCAAAGUCUUCUACAGAGUGAAGGGAGAUCCUGUGCUUGUGCUGAACAGCUCUCAAUCAUCUCAAUCAUCUGAAGAGAAGUUCAUCCUGACUGACAGACAGAAAGAUCACUUUACUGUGACCAUCAGAGACAUUUCUGCAGCGGAGCGUGGAGUUUAUUUAUGUGGAGUGGAGAGAGACGGAUCUGAUAAACCACCUUCAGAAACAUCAAUUACUCACAUAACCUUCAUUAAGGAGAUUGAGCUGAAUGUUUCUAGUCAAAUAACUUCUGUCCAGGUUGAGGCCUACAUCAGUAAAGCAGUCUUCAUCACGUGUAAAUUUCCACAAGAAUUCAUAGAAAACAAGAAAUUCAUCCAGAAAGAUUCAUCACAGAAGAUCCCUGUUGAUGAACAGAAUCAGUGGGUCCCUCAUGAUAAAGUGCUCAUGUAUGAUGAUACCAGUGAAGGAGUUUUGAAGGUUUUUAUCAGAGAUUUAACAGCAGCUGAUGAAGGAACGUACAGAUGUGGAGUGAAUACCGCUGACGAUCAUCUGUUCACUGAGAUCACACUGAUAGUCAAUCGAGUUGAUCAUUUUCAUGCAUCAAGCGAAUCAGCUGCUGUUAUUGGUGAACGUGUGAAACUCAGCUGCAGUUACCCUGAGAAACACGAGACCAUCAAACACAUCUGCAAAGAGAACAAGAAGAAGAAGAGAACACCAAAAAAUACGUCAUCUCAUCAGACAGAAGAGAGACGGGAGAUCAUGAAGCUGCUCAAGAGGAGAUUCAAGUCUCAGAUCCUGAAUCAACUCACCUCUAUUCGACAGUACAGUCCUCCACAUCCCCCUCUGAUGGGCUCCUGUAUGCUGCUGUCAGUUUCCAGAAGCAUGAAGAGUCUCGCAGCGAUACUACAGUCAGAUUCAGAAAAGAGGAGACUCACUGGAAUCCAUGAUAAAGCCUAA